AUGGGUGCUAUUAUUGGAAAAAACUCCAAACUGAACGUAUUACAAACUAAAGAGAUCGCGAGUAGUAUAAGUUUGGUAAACGCCCUACGCGACACACUCACUGAUCCAAUUCUGCCCUCCUCUCUCCUCAAUCUAGGUUUUCUCCCACAGUUGUUUAAUUUAUUCUGCUUGGUCUCGAUCUGUCUAUUGUCGGGGAUGGAUCCCAAUCUUCUUCAGCCGAGCUCCGACUGCGACAAGUCGGCCGGGAUAAGUUGCUCCGAUUCGCUUCCUCCCUCCUCCUCCGAAUCCGAAUCCGAUCCUAAGCGACGGAAGCUUGAAGAGGACGUAAAGGUUGGCAUCAGCAACACAGAGGAGGAAAUCGACGACGAGGAAGACAGCAGUGACGAGAUCGACGACGACGACGACGACGAAGACGAUGCGAUGGAGGUCAAGCAGUGGAUUCCUAAGGUACGGACCCUCAUCAAGCGCAUUCCGGAAGACGACGAAGGCCUGCAACGCUACAUCAGGAAAAUCAAGGAGAGCGAGGUCGACUUCGGUAGUGCUAAACACGCCCAUCACGUCGACAACAUCCGGCGCUGUCUCAACCGUGUAAUCGAUGAGCAGAAGAAACAGGGCAAUCUGCUGGAACUCGUCCUCAUUCAGACGGUCAAUUACAGCAUGGACAUUGGGUAUAACUAUUACAUUACGUUUGAGGCGAAGAAGAAGUUAUCAUUGGACGACAAAGUUUAUCAAGCCAAGGUGCAUCACAGUAUCUGGAAGGACAUUAACAUUCGUGUUUUCCGGGAGAAGCAGCAGCAACAACCACUUAUUCAGGUUGGUAGUCACUUAACCAAAACAGAGUCUGCAGACUGCAGUUGAUUCGUUCAUGAACAUAGACACAUAGUAAUCAAAUUAGUUGCUGUUCUUUAUUUUGUAUCUAAUGGUUGUGGACUACGACAUUGAUUACGGCCAUUUACUCGUACUCAAGUAUCCUUGGAUAUAUUAAAAUUAGCCUUGUCAAACAUACAAAACGGCCAUCGAUUCGAUCAUCGUCCUGUCCAACAACUUGAGGAAAAUCAGGUAACAGUACACUGGAAGUAGUGUGGAACGGUGGUGUAACAAGUAGAGAGCACCAAAUCGAGAGCCAAUGGGAUAUCCAGAUGCAUCCCAAGGAUGUUCGCUCUCAGCGCCAUGCACAGGCAGACCGUCGCCUCCAUGUCGAUGAGCCCCAGCAGCAUCCCGCAGCACGGCCUGGUCGUAAGGCUGCCGACGUCGAGGCCGACCAGCGGAGUGCACACGGCGAGGCGGUAGAUGUCGAUGGAGCACCUCGUGUUGAGACCGUUGUCGCCGCCGGGGAGUUGGGACGUUGGUGGUGGCGGUGGUGGUGGGGGUGGGACUUGAUCGGAGGAAGAUGGUUGGGCGGUGGCAGGGAUUAUCAUGAUGACUAGAGGAAGAAGAAGAAGAGUGAAGACGACGAGACGGUGCUCCAUGUUGUGUUGGUUUAAUUUUGCAUGAAAGUGGUGAUUUUGUGAGUUUGGUUUUAUGGAGGGACUGAGUUAGGGGUUAGGUCAGGG